GGAACGUUAAUGUCAAAGCUGCCACUGUCAGAAAGUUGUUUCCUUUGCGUCCACUACGUUGCUUUCAUCGCGUUUUUGCCGCGGACCAUACGCGAUAAGAAUUUGGCACAGACAGAAAAAUGGCAUUCGUAAAGGUUGUAAAAAACAAGCAGUACUUCAAACGAUUCCAAGUGAAGUUCAAGAGGCGCAGGCAAGGAAAGACCGAUUACUAUGCACGCAAGCGGCUGAUUGUACAAGUGAAGAACAAGUACAACACGCCUAAAUACCGCUUAAUCGUGCGCUUGUCCAACAAGGACAUCACAGCUCAAGUGGCUUAUUCGCGGAUUGAGGGCGACAAAAUUGUUUGCGCUGCCUACUCACAUGAACUGCCCAGGCACGGUGUUAAGGUAGGCCUUACCAACUAUGCGGCCGCUUAUUGUACUGGACUUCUCCUCGCUCGUCGUCUGCUCAAGAAGCUCGGGUUGGAUACUCUGUACGAGGGCACAACCGACGUCACCGGGGACGAGUACAAUGUGGAGGCUCUGGAUCAAGGCCCUGGAGCUUUCAGGUGCUACCUGGAUGUAGGUCUGAACAGGACCUCAACUGGGGCGAGAAUCUUCGCAGUAAUGAAGGGAGCAGUCGAUGGAGGUUUAAACAUUCCUCACUCCACAAAAAGGUUCCCCGGUUACGACGCAGAAAAUAAACAAUUUAAUGCUGAGGUUCACCGGAACCACAUCUUCGGCUUGCAUGUCGCCGAUUAUAUGAAGUCCUUGGAGGAGGAGGAUCCUGAAGCGUUCAAGAGACAGUUCAGCCAGUACAUUAGGCUGGGAAUUAACUCCGAUCAAAUUGAGGGAAUCUACAAAAACGCCCACACUUCUAUUCGGGCCAAUCCUGAUGCGGUAAAGAAAGAACGGGCACCGAUUACCGUAAAGAAGGCGGCUCGCAGGAAGCUGACUUUGGCUGAACGCAAGAACCGCGUUGCACAGAAGAAACAGAGCUUUAUUGCCAAAUUUGAGCAAUAAAAAGUGAUCGGAACAUUUCCAGGCCAUGACUUUCCCUAGUCCUAUCCUUGGAAUGUUCGAGAAAAAAGUUAAAUAAAGUACUAAAAUACAA